AUGGAGACGAGCUCGGCAGCAUGGCCAUUCCCGGUGGCCCCGCCCGUGAUUCGCAAGCUUGAUGAAAACGUCGUCAACAAGAUCGCAGCAGGAGAGGUUAUCCAAAGACCCGCCUCAGCACUGAAAGAAAUGCUAGAGAACUCGCUCGACGCAGGCGCCACCCAGAUUAGCGUCCUGGUGAAAGAGGGCGGCAACAAGCUCCUCCAAAUCACUGAUAAUGGAUGUGGUGUGCGGAAAGAGGACCUGCCUAUCCUGUGCCACCGCCACACCACCUCCAAGCUGCGAGAGUAUGAGGACUUGGAGACUAUCUCCACGUUGGGCUUCCGGGGGGAGGCGCUGUGCUCCAUCAGCUUCGUAUCGCACAUGACUGUGACGACCAUGGCCCGAGGCGCGCAAUACGGCUAUAGGGUUACGUAUAAGGACAGCGAGAUGGAGCCCCCUGGGCCCCGACCUGUGGCCUCAGUCCCGGGCACCACCAUCACCGUAGAGGACCUCUUUUACAACGUACCCACGCGGAGAAAGGCCCUCAAAUCGGCUAACGAGGAGUAUGGAUUAAUUCUGGACGUGGUGGGGCGUUACGCUGUGUACAGCACGGGUGUGGCCUUCAGUUGCCGCCGGCAGGGCGACUCCCGACCCGACAUCUCGACCACCGCCACCGGCUCCAGGGUGGAUGCCGUACGUUCCGUGUACGGUGUUGAGGUAGCACGUGAGCUGCUGUCGCUCAAGGUGGCGGUCGGGUCCGGCACGGGACCCGAUGUGCCGGUAGACGGACCCAUGGGUCUCAGUGUUGAGGGCCUCAUUUCCGGUGCCAACUACAGCACCGGCAAGAAGACGGUGCUGGUGCUCUUCAUCAACGGGCGCUGUGUGGAGUGUAGCCCUCUGCGGCGGGCGCUGGAGGGGCUCUACGGGGCCCUGCUGCCUAAGGCCUCGCGACCCUGGAUCUUCCUGGACGUGCGGCUGCCUCCGCGUCAGGUGGAAGUUAAUAUGCACCCCACCAAGCGGGAGGUGGGCUUCAUGCACCAGGCUGAGGUCAUUGAGGCGAUCCGGCAGGCGGUGGAGGCGAAGCUGCUUGCAUCCAAUGAAUCCCGCACCUUCGCUACCUCGGCCACGCUGCAGACGCAGCUGCCCUUUGCAUCGCUGCCGCUCACGCAGCGCCAGUCGCUGCCUGCGCCGGGUCGCAGCAUCUUGGUGGAAGGGGGCGACGGGGAGCUGACAGGCGAGCUGGGCGGCGAAGGCGAUGCUGAUGGAGAGGGUGUGGACGAUGUUGAAGAAGGCGGUCCUACAGGAGAGAAGGAAGAGCAGGAGGGGGGAGGUGGCAGUGGGCGAAAGCAGCUCCGGGGGAAAGCAGCCGCUGCCCAGACGCCGGGGACAAGGGUGCAGCAGGGCAGCGGGGGCCUGGAUCUAAAGCGGCCGCCCUCGGGAACAGAGCCUUUGCCGUACCGGCCAGAAAAGCUUGUGCGCGUGGAUUACAGGUCCGGUACGCUUGACACCUUUGUCAUCUCCAAGACUGCUGCGGAUGGUGGCGCCGCCUUUGUUGACGCCGCACGUGCUGUAGCGGCCGGGGGCAGCGUGGCCCGCAAGCGCUCCGCAGCAGCACGCCUGGCUCCGGGUGCGGGAAACCCCUUGGGCGGCUUACUUGCGGAUGCCUCUAGCGGCGAGGCGCAGCAGCAGCAACACCCGGAGUCGCAGUUGCGACCGGCCCGGGCUGCGCCUCCCGCGCUGGUCACGGCUGAGGUGCUGGGAGUUGGGCCCUUCGUGGGCGGGGAUCAAGGCGGAGGACGCCCACAGGACGGCGACCCGCCAGCUGCGGGCCGAGUGCCACCACGGCGGGCCCCGCCGCCGCUGGUGACCGCAGAUCCGGCUGUUUUGGAGCUUUGGUCCGAGGUGGAGUCUGAGGCGCACUCGGGGCUGGGGGAGCUGCUGCGGGAGCACACCUUUGUGGGGAUGGCCGAUGGCAGCCUGGCGCUGCUCCAGCACGGCACCCGGCUCUACCUGGUGGACGUGGGGACCCUGAGCCGGGACAUGUUCUAUCAGCUUGCUCUCAGAAGAUGGGAACAGCCUCUGAAGCUGGAUCUGGAGCCCCCACCGCUUGUCUCGGAGCUGGUGGCGCUGGGACUGCGGAUACUGGAGGUCAAGGGCGAGUGGCAGCCCGAGGACGGCUCUCCCGAGGAGCUGGGUGAGCUGGUGACGGAGCUGCUGCGGCAGAACGGUCCUGCGCUGGAGAUGCAGCUGGGCCUGGUGGUAGACCAGCAAGGCAGCCAUUGUUGUGGCUAUCUUUUGCGGUUUCUGAGCCGGCCUAUGCCCCAAGUACAGGCAUUGGCCGACCUGUACGCUGCUCGUCCCCCACUGCUGGCGGAAGCCGCUACCGGUUCUGGCGUUUCUGGUGACCCACCCUCGUCGUCUCCGGCGUCGAAGGAGCCGGACGCAGUAGCCAGUCACCUUCAGAGCGGGCCAGCGGGGUCAAACAGCCGAGGCCAAGCGUCUAGCUCCCAUGAGGGGCGUGGUUCGCAAGACGUCUUGCACGCUGACCCUGGGUCGAGAUCGGGUAGGGAAGCUGGCGUUGAUGGCCACUUAGAAGAUGUUGGCCGUGACAAUUGCGUAGGGCCAGUGAGCAGAAGCGGGAAGCCUGGUUUCGACAACUGCGUUAGGGGCUUGCGACAUCCCCAGGAAGGGGUUGGAGUCGUGCAAGAAGAUAUUGUCAUUGCAGGGGUGGAGCAGUGCAGGGGAGCGAUUGCAGAAGACAGGGACAGCCCGUCGGGCGAAGGGCAUGGCGCUACACGGACGCAGAGGGCCGCGCCGGCAGUUCAGUCGAAGCCGACAGCAGAUGGGGGGGAGCUGCAGCAGGGAAGUGAGCGAGCAUUGGCUGUUUAUGAAUAUAAGAUUAAGCACGCUAUCCUGCCGGCCCUAAGGGGCUGUUUAAAACCUCCGCGCGGACGAGCCACGGAUGGCAGCUGCGUGCAAAUUGCGGCGCUGGAGCGCCUUUAUCGCAUUUUCGAGCGCUGCUGA